AUGGCAAUGCGUCCUCAGAUUAUUGAUAUUGAACCGACACAUGCCGGACCGGAGCAGAAUUUGCAUCAUGUUGACGCUUUAGAUAUCGAAAAGCCCGAUCUUAGAACUCAGCGAGAGGAUGCCUUCGGAGAUGAAGAGAAUGCAGAGAUCAAGUACAAGGUCCUAAAAUGGUGGCAAGGUGGCCUCCUCAUGGUCGCAGAGACUAUUUCAUUGGGCAUUCUCUCCCUCCCAGCAGCCAUGGCAGGUCUAGGUCUAGUCCCAGCACUCAUCGUGCUCAUCGGCAUGGGGCUUCUUGCAACAUACACAGGCUACUUGAUCGGAAAAUUCAAACAAAUGCACCCACACAUCUCUAGCAUGGCCGAUGCAGGAGAGGUCCUUAUGGGUCGAUUCGGCCGUGAACUGUUUGGCACAGCACAAUUACUAUUUCUAAUCUUUAUUAUGGCGAGCCAUAUUCUGACUUUCACUGUCGCACUGAACACCAUCACUGGGCAUGCGACUUGCUCAAUUGUAUUCGGGAUCGUGGGUAUGGUCAUUUCCUGCUUGAUGUCGCUGCCGCGGACUCUCGCGAAGGUGUCGUGGCUGUCGCUUGUGUCUUUCGUCAGUAUCUUCUCUGCUGUUAUGAUCACUAUGAUUGCCGUCGGAAUUCAAAACCCUAAUGCCAUCGUUCACCCCACUGUUGAAACCAAUCUGAUAACGGGAUUCACCGCGGCAUCCAACAUCGCUUUCUCAUACGCAAGCCAUAACACCUUUUUCACUUUCAUUGCAGAGCUUAAAGACCCAAAAGACUUCCCUAAAGCCCUUGCUCUUCUCCAAACAGUCGACAUGACACUCUACAUCGUUGCAUCCGUAGUUAUCUACCGGUUCACCGGUGCCGAUGUCGCUUCUCCGGCUCUGGGGUCUGCUGAUUCUUUGAUUUCUAAAAUAGCAUACGGUAUUGCCCUUCCAACAAUUGUCAUCGCAGGCGUCAUAAAUAGUCACGUCGCUGCCAAAUCUAUCUACAUCCGCGUCUUCGCUGGCACAGACCGCAUGCAUAAGAGCGACUUGGUCGCCGUCGGUUCCUGGAUCGCAAUCAGCUUCAGCUUAUGGCUUAUUGCGUGGAUCAUUGCCUCCGCAAUUCCGGUCUUUAGUGACCUGCUUAGUUUAAUUACGGCACUAUUUGGGAGCUGGUUUACCUUCGGGUUCACCGGUCUGUUUGGACUGCAUAUGAGCAGGGGCUUGUGGCUCUCAUCGCCCAAGCAGACCAUUCAGACAUUUGUCAAUAUCUUUUCCAUCUGUGUUUGUGUUAUUCUGUGUGGUCUUGGCCUUUACGUCUCGGGUAAGUCCAUCCACGACAGCACCAGUAGUGCCAGCUUCUCGUGCACUAUGAGCACUUAG